CCAAGAAGCAGGAAGAUCCCGCUUUCUUCGAGAAACUCAACGCUGGCCAGACCCCCGAAUAUUUGUAAGAGACAGACCGACUAGCUGUUUGAGGGACGGUGGUAGUAGCAUGGAGACUGACCUUGUGGACCCCCUCCCGGUUUCUAGAUAUAUUGGCUGCAGUGACAGUCGCGUUCCCGCCAAUGAGAUCAUGGGGUUGGAGGCCGGGGAGGUGUUUGUUCACCGCAACAUUGCCAACCUGGUCCCCAACACCGAUCUCAACGUCAUGUCCGUCAUCAACUACGCCGUUCGUCACCUCCACGUCAAACACAUUGUCGUCUGCGGCCACUACCAGUGCGGCGGCGUCAAGGCCGCCAUGAGCCCCUCCGACCUGGGCCUGCUCAACCCUUGGUUACGCAACAUAAGGGAUGUCUACCGUCUGCACGAGCGCGAGCUGGAUGAAAUCAAGGAUGAGACCGCCCGCUACAAGCGCCUCAUCGAGUUGAAUGUCGUCGAGUCGUGCCGCAAUAUCAUCAAGACUGCCGCCGUGCAGCAGAGCUUCCACGAGCACCAGUUCCCCGUCGUGCAUGGCUGGAUCUUUGACAUGGAGACCGGCCUGCUCCGAGACUUGGAGAUUGACUUUGAGGAGACGCUGCGGGACAUCAAGAAGAUCUAUAACUUGGCGCCGGUCUGAGGAACAGCCGGGUGCAUCAUUAGAAAAUAUGUUACCCCAAUGCAAG